AAGAACUGACACUGAGGAUUGGUUAGAAAGACGUCAGUCACGAUUAAAUUAAAAGCCAUUGGCUGUUGGUCCCAGUGCAGUUUUGAUGGUAUUCUUAAACCAGAAAUACAGGCAGACGGCCAGACGUAACACCAGUCCAGCUUUUGUCACAGAAAUAUGUUUUUACCCACGAAGCCGAUGCUCUACAUUCUUUGGAUUUAAUUUACACCUACAAGUAUUACGUUAAAAAUGCCAAGUUGAACAGGCGUUGCUUUGUCAAAUCCUAUGCAAUCAACAACAUGAUUGUUCCAAGUGACUCCCUGGAGGUGCAAAACAUAGCUGCCAUGUCGGUGUCUGUUCAUGAGAAUCGUAAAUCCCGCACCAGCACAGGCUCCAUGAACAUCUCAUUGUUCCAUAAGCCUUCACAUCCUGACAGUGUCCUGACCCAACUGAACACAAUGAGGAAACACUCCAUGUUCACUGAUGUCACUCUGUGGGCCGGGGACCGCUCCUUUCCAUGCCAUAGGGCUGUCUUGGCAGCAUGCAGUCGUUAUUUUGAGGCAAUGUUCAGCGGAGGGCUACGAGAAAGUCUGGACAGUGACGUCAAUUUCAGAGACAGUAUUCACCCAGAGGUCUUAGAGCUUCUGCUGGACUUUGCCUAUUCUUCUCGUGUCAUCAUAAACGAGGAGAAUGCUGAGUCAUUAUUAGAGGCGGGUGACAUGUUGCAGUUUCAUGACAUCCGGGAUGCAGCAGCAGAGUUUUUAGAAAAAAACCUGCACUCCUCCAACUGCCUGGGGAUGAUGUUGUUAUCAGACGCUCAUCAGUGUAAAAGACUGUACGAGCUGUCCUGGAGGAUGUGUCUGUUACACUAUGAGACGGUAAGAGAAUCAGAGGAUUUCUAUAGUCUGUCUAAAGAUAAACUGCUGGAGCUGAUUCUUAGCGAUGAGCUCGAGAUAGAAGAUGAACAGGUUGUGUUUAACUCUGUGAUGCGGUGGGUAAGAUAUGACUUGGAGGGUCGGCGUCACAACUUACCAGAGCUACUCAGGGGAAUCAGGUUGGCUCUGCUGCCUUCUGAAUGUUUGUUGGAGGCUGUAGCCUGUGAAGAACUGGUUAUGGCUGACAAGAGGAGCAGGUCAAUAGUAGAGGAGGCAAUGCAGUGUAAGAAGAAAAUCCUUCAGAAUGACGGGGUAGUAACGAGUCCCUGUGCUCGACCACGAAAGGCAGGACACACACUGCUUAUCCUCGGAGGCCAGACCUUUAUGUGUGACAAGUUAUACCAG